ACGUUUCUCCGAAUCAGAGAAUUGAUUGGCUGCAGGAAAAGCCGCCUGUAGAAACUUGUAUCGUCCUCAAGCUGUGGUUGCUGGUGAAGAUUCAUCUGUUUAUAACACAUUCAGAUCCUAUGCACCAUGUCCGAUCCAUCAGAAAAUGGCCCAUUUGACAUCCCAGACUACGACCGCAUAGAGGAUGAGGCUUUCCCUCCUUUUCCUCCCCCAUCAUCCCCUGGACAGGGGGGCCUCGAGGAUGAUCCUUUCGGCAAUGGAGAGGGUGAUGAGGAAGGAGACGUGUCUAAACUAGCAGAAGUUCCAGUGGCAAAAAGACGAACUGUGAAGAGGCCACAGCCUAAACUAGAUGCAAACAGGUUGAUUUCUGAAAAAGGUCUUCCAGCACUACGUACAUUAUUUGACAAUGUUAAGUUCAAAGGCAAAGGACACGAGGCUGAGGAUCUGAAGCUACUCCUGCAGAAAACGGAGAACUGGGCCCAUCGUCUGUAUCCUAAACUUAAGUUUGAAGACUUCAUUGAUAGAGUGGAGAGUCUUGGGGGCAAAAAAGAAGUUCAGACAUGUCUUAAACGAAUUCGACUCGACAUGCCUUUAACGCAUGAGGACUUCAUUGAGGCGGCAGAAGUUCAUAUACAGGAAGAGUCUGAUCCAGGUGGAGACGGGGGUUUUCCUGAAGAUCCAUUUAUCCAUUCCACUCCUGCCCCAGCCUCUCUCACUGAGGAACAGCAGCAGCGCAUAGAGCUCAACAAACAGCUUGCUUUGGAGAGAAGACUGGCACGGCAGAAACAGCUAGAAUCCUCCCAGAGUUUUACCCAGGUAGAUGCAGAUGAUGAACCUUCCACUAGUUCCCCAGGACAGUACCUCAGUCAAGAGAAUCAGGGCACCUCAAACGCAACUCCUCUCAAACAAAAGCCAGCUAUACUCAAGAAUUCCCCAACAUAUGAUAAGGAAUGUGACAGUCCAGUUCCAAAUAGCAUAGAUGAUGAUAAUAGUAACUGAACCCAUCUGCCUUCUUUUUACCAAAAGCACCCCACAAUGCACCCUGCAAAAGGAUUUUGAGAAUGAUUUGGGACAUGCACAGUAUCUGCAAAAUUACUGCCAAACAAUAAUGUUUAACUCUACUUGUGUAUGUAUCUUUGUCAAAUGUCCAACAUCAUCUGAAGCUUAUUGGCUUGUUUAGGAAAGAGUAAUGCAAAAUCAACUUUGUCUGCCUUGCAGAAAGACCAUCAUCUGGCUGUAUUUCAGUUCUUUUUCAAUCAGUUUGAACUUUCAUUUUGACACAAGUGUUUAUUCUCCAUUAGAAUUCUGUAAAAAAUUUUCUUUCUUCUUCAAACUGCCAACUCUUCCUUAGAUCUAAAGGGAAUCACAUCCCCUACUUGCAGAUGGUCUUCAUAUUUACCAAUAAGUUACUUUGAAAAUUAAGUCUGUUUGUCGUUCCAUUCCACUGUUCUGGUCAUUGUAUCCAUGUUUUUUACUUCAGUGUCAAUUUUUGUGUUUUGAUAUUGUAAAUAAAAUGGUCAUGUAGUUGAUAGUAUGA